AUGUCAUUGUCAUUAAGAACAUUUAUUUUGAUAUGUUUGAUAUUUGUAGGAUAUUGCAAAGAGUCAGGUGAAAAGCAUCUUACAAUUCUAACCCAGUCAAUCGGAUCUAUGUUGGUGUCGGAAAUUGGAGACAAAACAUUCUUCUUGGCAGCAAUUUUGUCAAUGAAGUUCAAUAGAGUGGCAGUAUUCGCUGGGGCUGGAGGAGCUUUGGUAUUGAUGACAGCAAUAAGUUGCGCUUUCGGUAUUAUAGUUCCAAGUCUUCUCCCUCGAUUUUAUACAGCAAUUGUGGUGACAAUUAUAUUUUACUUCUUUGGAGCGAAAUUACUUUAUGAAUGGUAUCAUAUGGAGAACGAAGGGGAUAAGGAAGAAUUGAAAUAAGUAGAAAUGGAGCUCGAAGAAUUAGACAAGAAACUGCUGAGCAGUCACAAAAUUAUAGAUCCUGAAAAUCCAUCAGAAGCACAAAAAACAAAUUUGGCUGCUGUUGUGCCAUUAUAAUAAAUAGUAUGGUAAGCAUUUAUCAUGACAUUUUUGGGAGAAUGGGGUGAUAGAAGUUAGAUAACUACCAUCAGUUUGGCAGCUGUUUAGGAUGCAGAUAUUGUUUUUCUAGGUUGCAGUUUAGGCCAUCUAAUUUGUACUACUAUUGCUGUAAUUGGAGGAAAACUAUUAGCACAUUCAAUCUCCGAGAAGACUGUUAAUUUGGCUGGAGGAAUAGUUUUUAUCGUAUUUGGUUUGAUGCAUACUUACGCUUUAAUUACGGGCGAUUUAGAUUGAUAAAUAUACAAUAUAUAGAUAACAAUUUAAAUGAUU